AUGUCCAUUAAUAAGCCAACAUCCUCUCCUACCCCACCGAAACAAAUGCAGAAACAUACAGGCAAGAAGAAAACUCACCACUGUUCAGACUGUGGGAAAAUUUUUAGUCGUCAGAGUCAUCUCCAACUACACCAGCUCAUUCACACUGGAGUGAAACCGUAUCACUGCUCAGACUGUGGGAAGAGUUUUAAUCGUCAGAGUCAUCUCCAACGCCACCAGCGCAUUCACACUGGAGAGAAACUGUAUCGAUGCUUGGACUGUGGGAAGAGUUUUAGUCGCCAGAGUCAUCUCCAACGCCACCAGCGCAUUCACACUGGAGAGAAACCGUAUUACUGCUCAGACUGUGGGAGGAGUUAUCCUGAUCAGAGCACUCUCAAAAACCACCAGCGCAUUCACACUGGAGAGAAACCGUAUCACUGCUCAGACUGUGGGAGGAGUUUUACUGAACAGAGUACUCUCAAAAAACACCAGCGCGUUCACACUGGAGAGAAACCGUACCACUGCUCAGACUGUGGAAAGAGUUUUAGUCAACAGAGUAAUCUCAAAAACCACCAGCGCAUUCACACUGGAGAGAAACCAUAUUACUGCUCAGAGUGUGGGAAGAGUUUUAGUCUACAAGGUAUUCUCAAAAACCAUGAGCGCAUUCACACUGGAGAAAAACCGUAUUACUGCUUUGAUUGUGGAAUGAGUUUUAGUCAGAAGAUUUGUCUUCAACGCCACCAGCGCAUUCACACUGAAUAGAAACCAUAUCAAUGUUUAGACUGUUUAAAGAGUUUCACUAAUCACAGUUCUCUCAAAAAACACCAGCGCAUUCACACUGGAGAGAAAUCGUUUCAAUGCUCAGACUGUGAGAAGAGCUUCAGUUAUUCUUGUAUUCUAAACACAAAUGCUCUAAGAUCAGUAAUGGAACAGGGUUAGGUUUCCAAAAACAUUGUAAAUCUAAGAACUUGGUUAACUAGUAAGUAAGAUUGAUCAUUAAUUAAAAAGUGUUUCCUUAACUCUUGAAUAAGUAAAUAACUACGGUAACUCGCUUGGGAAUUAACAAGUAACCCGACCCAGUUGUUAUUCUGAAAGUAUUUUUAAGUGGAUUCCACUUGCAGAUCAGCACCUUAAACACCAGAGACCAGAGAAUUCUGAGGGAGGAAGUGUCAAAAUCAAUAAUCAUUAUUGUUUCUGUGGUCUGUGCAUUCUGUUAUUUUGCCAUGCAUGUGCUUUAGUAUAAAAUUCCUUUCAGGCUGGGAAUUACAGACAAAAACAACAUAUAUUUUCAUGCCAUUUGGAACAUUCCUGGCACCGUAGGAAACUCUCAUGCAAUGUAUUCUUUCUUUUUGUUUUCUACAUUGUAGAUUAACAUUAAAGACAUACAACAAUUAAGGGAUAUAUACAUAUGAAAUAACAUGGUAAACUGUAAAAACGACCUAACCCUCAUCACCUGAGACGGGUGAUUUUGGAUGAGCUGGAGCGCAGCAUGUGCUCUUGCAUAGCUUUAACGUCUUGAAUAUUAAAUUUACAAUGUAAAAAUCAUAAAUAUAUAUGUGUAUGUGUUAGUCAUUUGGGUGUUUAAGAAUAUUAUACAGAUAUGUAUAAUGAUAUUAAGUACAACAAAUUUCAUUACUUUUUUUUGAGCAUAAUAGUGAAUAAAUACUUUUAAUAUUUUUUUCUUUUU